AUGUCAACAAUCGAACCAACUUUUCCAACCCAUUUGCUUAGUUCUACGCCAUACUCUGAUAAUCAUUCAUCGACUAAUAAAAAAUUAAAAUUUCCACAUACACUGCCACUGGGAUCAUUGCCCACAACCUCCAAAACUAAUCAACAACAAUCUUUGGGAAAAGAAGAAUUUGAUGACGAGCUUUAUUCAAAUAAUAAUAAAGUAUUACCUUCAAUUGCAAAUAAACCGCAAAAGAUUAAUAUAAAUAUUCUUGGGGGUCUUUUUAAUAAGCAAAAUCCAAAGGAAACUAGUGCUAAUCAACAACAAUCACUACAAAAUCAUCACCACCAAUUGGUUUCCACAUCAAUUACAUCAACACAAUUACCUCUAUCACCUUUAUCACCAACAACUCCACUUCCAACAAAAUCACAUUUUAUAUCACAGAAAACCUCACCUCCACAAUCGCCACCAUUAAGUCCAUCAAAAUCUUCACGUUUACCGACUCAAUUACCCAGAGUAGGAAAACAACGUCAUAUGAACGAAGUUCUUCAACAUUCUUCAAACUCAAAGAAAAUAAGAAAAAGAGAACAAUCUGAAGUAGGUACCGAUACAACCCAUAUAAUUAGUAAUAAUACGGCAAAUCGUUCAGUAGGAAAGAUAAAAAUUUUAAAAAUUGACAAUGACAACAACAAUAGUAAUGCCUUAUCUUCUACCACAAACUCAAAUGAUUUCAAUUCUUUAAUGAAUAAUAAUCACGAAAGAAAAACCCUCAUUAAUAUGAAAGUGCCUUCAACAUACAUUCACAAAGGUCAUUCUUGCCAAGAUUCAUAUAACGGAAUUAUUUUUGGAAAUAGAGAAAGCAUUAACAACAAUAGCGAUAAUUACGAUCGAAAUUCUGUCGAUUCAGCAGAUAAAAUUUCAUUAGUCGACAGAAUUUGUUCAUUACAGACCUGA